CAAGCAGCAGUCCCUUUAACCUUUUCGUUCUUUACCCGAAGGCCUAUUCACACUUCGCCCCGUCGUGUUUGAACCUGUCCUUGUCAUGGUUUACUUAGGUUAGGCCGUUUAAAUGGCCUUAUGUUGCAAGUCAGCAGCAGCUCUGGCCAAUUAGCCGAUCAUUAACAGCGAGGGAGUUAAUGGAGAAGAUCUACGUUGCUGUUGGGAACGACCUGCAGGAAGGCUUCAAGACCCUGGAGUGGGCUCUUCGGAAAUGGCUGCCCGCCGACAACCCGAUGAUCGGCGGUGUAGUUCUUGUACACGUCGUGCGCAACGUCUCCAAUGAAUUUGUUUAUGGCCCAUUUGGGAAAUUUCCUGCAAGUUCAGUCAGUGACAAGAUGGUGGAAGUCCUGAAGAAGCAACUGCAGGAUGAGACUGAGAGUCUCUUGCACAAGUACAUAGCUUUCUGUGGCCAGGUGAAGGCAGAAGUCGUAAAAAUAGAAAAGUACGAUGAGCCGAUUUACAAGCUCCUCGUCGACUUGAUCUCUGGACUCCACAUGACAAAGCUGGUCCUUGAUCUUACUUUCAUCAAGGCCACCGCCUCCUCCUCCUCAUCCUCGCGGAAAUCUAGAGGUGUGAUUAGGGGAUCAUUUUACAUUCACCACCACAAGCCCGAAUUCUGUGAGCUGUACAUAGUGUGUGGAGGGAAGCUGGUCCAUCUCAGAGAAGAAGAUGCCGAAGGCGUCACUGAGGACGAUCAAGGCAUGAUGAUUACAGCGAAGAUGAGAGAUAAGCGUAGCUUCAAAGGUUGGCUCGAAAAGAUGAUGUUCCCUGACAGUUACAGGGCCCCUCUGCCAACGAAUCAGUUGGAUGAUACUCCAAACAAGUGGGAAGACCAUGUCCAAGAAAUCGAGAGCUAUUUCCAGCAAUUGCUGUCCUUAAAAGCCGAUGAAGUUAGUAACCGUGACGAUGAUACCGGCAGUGGGCAGAACAACCAUACUGAUUCAGCUUCACUAGCACGGGACGAUCCUAACUCUGAUAUGAGUGCUGCGGAUAAGAUUGAAACUCUCAAAAGGAGGAUAGAGGAAGCCCACCAGACAAUCGAACGAAAGCUAACAGAAGCUAAGAUUCAUGCAGAAGGCCGGUUAAAAGCUGAAAGGGCAAUUCGCUUAUGCAACCAACAGAUUGAGGACCUUGGAACGUGCCUAAAAGAAGAGAGAUCAAGCCAAGCUUCCCUUCAAAAAGACUUGGAAAUGGAAAGAGAGCAGCUCCAAGAAGUUGUGACAGACACCAUUGAAAGCAAGAGGAGGCUGAACUCGCUCGCACAAGUCCAGAUCGAACUCUCGAACAAGCUCCGAAUGUCGAUGCUCUCGAAAGCGCAAGGUGAAGCCCGUCUAGAGAAAGCAUUGCUCAUGAGAGUGGAGCUGGUGCGGGAGAUCGAGGAGUUGCGGCGACAAAGGGAUGUGCUCCGUCGCAGGAUUGAGUUCUGCAAAGAAAGAGAUGCAAUCGGAAUGGUCACAGGGCUGAAUGAAGUCAAGUUUGGAAAUAGAGAGUACACGACAGAGAAUAUCAGGUUGGCCACCGACAAUUUCUCCGAUCGUCGGAGGAUAAAAUCAGCAAGACAUCAGAGAAACAUAUAUAGAGGACGGAUUGACCAUGCUACGACCGCGAUUAAAAUUUGCAAUUUGGCACUAGAGGCUUUUGAGAGGAAGGUGAGAUUACUUAGCCAAAUUAGACACCCGCAUGUGGUCGCGAUGGUCGGCUUCUGCCGGGAGCUAAAAUGCAUUAUCUUCGAGUACAUGCAUAAUGGUAGCUUACAGGACAUACUGAAUUCAUCAAGCAAGAGAAGUAGAGAUUUUAUGUGGCACGACCGCCUGCGAAUUGCUCAUGAGAUCAGCUUAGGUCUGGGCUUCCUUCACUCAGCUAAGCCGAGGCCUAUCAUCCAUGGGCGCCUCUCUCCAUCGAACAUCCUCCUCGACCACAACCUCAUAGCGAAACUCGGUGGUCUCGGGCUCCUGAAAUGCGCCAGUGAGAAUGAUGUGAAAUCGGAUAUUCAAGCUUUUGGGCUCGUCAUGCUGCAUCUUCUAACCGGAAGCAGUUGUGCAGAGCUAUUUGAGGAAGCAAGAGAAAUGGACUGGGGUGUUCUCGCAAGGGUUCUAGACGAGAGAGCCGGGGAAUGGCCGGAGGGUCUGGCGGAACGCUUCGGUGAAGUAGCUAUCAGAUCUAUAUCGAUCGGCAACAAUGGGCCCGGAGAUUCCAGGAUGGCCGCCGUGAUAGAGGAGCUCGGGGAGAUGAGAAGAGAAGCAGAGGCACAUUUGGCAAUUCGGAUGACUGCAGAAGAGACCAGCAACUUACACGGAUCGGAUGACUUGAGGGGUGUCCCCAGCGGUUUCCUUUGCCCAAUAUUUCGGGACAUCAUGAAGAAUCCGCACGUAGCAGCAGAUGGAUUCUCGUACGAGCUAGAAGCUAUACAGGAAUGGCUAUGGACGGGGCACGGCACGUCCCCCAUGACUAACUUGAGAUUGGACCACAAGUUCCUCACUCCAAAUCAUAUCCUGCGCUCCCUCAUCCGGGACUGGCAAAGCCAGCGAUCUGAUACUAUGUCUCUGGAAGAUUAGAUGAGUCUGAAAAAUCUCGUGUUCGUGUAAUGACAUCAAACUCCCAAGAUAUAAAUUCGCAUUUACAUA